CCUUUUUGCCUCUCUUCAUCAAAUCAGAGGCCACCGGAGAAGACGAUUAAAAUCGAACCUUUUCUUCAUCCAUCUCUCUCCGUCGCUUCUCGCUCGCUAAGGACUUCUUCCAUCAGAUCAGGUUAGGUUUGUGAAGUUUCUUCUAGGGUUUCGAAAAGAUGCCGGCGACUGCAGGAAGAGUGCGUAUGCCCGCAAACAAUAGGGUGCAUAGUAGUGCAGCGCUUCAGACUCACGGGAUAUGGCAGAGUGCGAUUGGUUAUGAUCCUUAUGCACCAACCAGUAAAGAAGAGCCUAAGACGACUCAGCAGAAGACCGAAGAUCCCGAGAACUCGUAUGCGAGUUUCCAGGGUCUUUUGGCGCUUGCGAGAAUCACUGGUUCGAAUAACGAUGAGGCUCGUGGGUCUUGUAAGAAGUGUGGUCGUGUUGGGCAUUUGACGUUUCAGUGUAGGAAUUUCUUGAGUACUAAGGAUGAUAAGGAGAAGGAUCCUGCUGCGAUUGAAGCUGCUGUUUUGUCGGGGUUGGAUAAGAUUAGGAAAAGUGUUGGUAAAGGUGGGGUGGAGGAGGAGAGUAGUGAAGAGGAAGAGGAGAGUGAGAGUUCUGAUUCGGAUGUUGAUUCUGAGAUGGAGAGGAUUAUAGCUGAGAGGUAUGGGAAGAAGAAGAGUGGGAGUGGUAGUGUUAAGAAGACGAGUUCGGCGAGGAAGAAGAAGAAGCGGGUUUCUGAUGAGUCUGAUUCUGAUUCGGAUUCAGGAGAUAGGAAGAGAAGGCGGAGGUCGAAGAAGAAGAAGAGGUCGCAUAAGAGAAGGAGUAUCAGUGAGUCUGAGGAUGAGGAAGAGGGAAGGAGUAAGAGAAGAAAGGAGAGGAGAGGAAGGAAGAGAGAUGAGGAUGAUUCUGAUGAGUCUGAGGAUGAAGAUGACAGACGUGUGAAGAGGAAGAGUAGAAAGGAGAAGAGGAGAAGGAGAAGCCGUCGUAAUCAUUCUGAUGAUUCCGAUUCAGAGUCCUCUGAGGAUGACAGAAGGCAGAAGCGGAGGAACAAAGUCGCAGCCUCUUCUGAUUCUGAGGCCAAUGGUUCAGGCGAUGAUGUCUCACGCGUUGGACGAGGUUCUUCUAAGAGGCAUGAGAAGAAGAGCAGGAAACGCCAUCACAGGAAAGAGUGAAGUAAGAUCUAUCUUUAUGGGCCAUUUUCCCUCUCCAUUUCCCCCUAUCAAUCCUAAUAUAUCUUAUGUACAAUAAUGAACAUGGCUUGUAUGGGAUUUGGAUUUGUGUUGAAUUUGCAAUCCAUCUCUUGUUUGGUCUCUGUUUAUUUCAAGGAUGUGUAACAUUUGUGAGAUACUUGGUGUUGUUGAUUGUGAGUCAUUUAACUCUAUUUCUCCAGUACUGAUCUUAGAUUUGAUUAUUGUUACUAAAGUUCCGAUUUUUACA